AUGUCAGUAUCAUCGGAUUCCACCACCAGUAAGAUCACCGAGGUGGAGACUGGACAGUCUAACUUCUCCGCGGUGGUGAACAUCAUUCUCACGGGCAUUGGUGUUGGGAUGCUCGGCUUGCCGGGCGCUAUAGCGCAGGCCGGUUACGUUCUGGGUUUCAUCCUAUUGCUCGCAUGUGGACUGGAGGGUCUCCUGGACACCCAUUUACUGCGGAAAUGUAUGAACUCUUGUACUCGGAAUUAUGAAGAUAUUGGUCGAGAUGCGUUCGGGUACCCAGGAAUGAUGGCGGUUACUGUUGCUCUGAACGUGGCCCUUGUGGGCACAGGGUGUUUGCUUAUGCUACUACUUGGGCAAAACUCGGUACUUCUAGCUCCGCAAAUCAGCCAGACAUAUUGGAUCCUCAUAUGGACCGCAGUGAUGCUGCCACUCGCGUGCUUGCGGACGAUGAAACAAGUUGGGUAUUUCAGCGGAACUGUGGGAGUCGCUGCCGUCUUUGUGGUGCUCAUAACGAUCGUUAUUGCUGGCGUUCAAGAACGGGUUCAAACUACUACAUCGGUACCGUAUCGAGCGGCGCCGAUCUCAGUAGUAGGCCUGGGCACGACAUUCUCCACAUUGACGUUUUCAUAUGCGGUCACCAGUACUACAACUACUAUUUUACAAGAUAUGAAGCAUCCAGAAGCACAGUCCAAGGUGCUCUUGAUAGCAUUCAUCUGUUUGAUACUGCUAUUCUUAGCAGCUUCCUUGGGAGGCUAUAUCGGUUGGGGACAAGAGCUCUUGCAUUUUGAUACUAUCAUCAACGCGAUGGCUCCAGUACCGGGAAAUAACUCCGCGGUCGCUACCACGUGUAUCGUUGGUAUCCUCAUUGUAUGUGCCACCCAUUAUGUUGUUAUGAUGAACCCGUCCUGUCGAAUAUUCGAGGAAUGGGUUGGUAUCAAGAGUUCUGGGUUCGGUGUACUUGCGGCUAUUAAAGAACUAUGCGCGUAA